CUCCAUUGAAAUUGCUUUGUUAUUGCUCAGAUAGGAAUAAACACGAAGCGAAACACGACACAAAACGUUCAUAUGGGGUUUCUAAAGAUUUUUCUACUGUCGGUUGACAUCAUCCGAAGACGACUGGGACACGAGUUCGGAGGAAAAAUUCCCAAUAAGGAACAGAGAUCGGUGCUCGGCGAUGCCUCAGCCCAGCAUCAGUGGAAUGGAUCUUCCCUUUGGAGAUUUCUUUCAAAAUUAUACUUUUGCUGAUCAGGCGCUGACCAGCACGGACCUGUUGGCGAGUAACACAGACCCAGACUUCAUGUACGAACUGGACAGAGAAAUGACUGCUUGCCUAAGUCCUAGAGUUGAUCACUUCACGGUGGGGGACUGCAAGGAGAUGGAGUGUGGGGAGCACCUCAUGGAGCUGGUGGACAGCGACCCGGCCUACAGCUCGAACUUUGAGCAGUGGGAUACGUACUGGGAGGACCUGACCAAGUACACCCGUUUCACCAGCUGUGACAUCUGGGGCACCAAGGAGGCAGGCCUGGAUGACUUCUCCAGCCCUUACCAAGACGAGGAGGUGAUUGCCCGGACCCCCACCUUGGCUCAGCUCAACAGCGAGGACUCGCAGCCCCCUGUGUGUGACACACUCUACCACCCUGAUCUGCUGAUAGGGGGCCAGAAGCAGCACACCUCCCUCCACCCACUCUCCCUGAGCAAGAAGACAGCCGCCCGCCCGGGCCCCUCCUCUUCCUGCUCCAACCUGGUCAAGAACCCCCUGGGCGACUUUGCCAAGGGUUCCCAGAAGGCCACCUGGCCUGUCCCCUCCAGCACAGAGACAAUGUCCAAGGCCCAGGGAACCAGCAAGAUGGCCACCCUGGGCUACCACUGCAAUGACUACGUGCGCAAGGCAAAGGUUCGCAUCAGCAUGCCCCACCGGCCCCUAGUCGACAUGCCCAUGGCCUCCCAUCAGGUUGAGGCUGAAAACCACUUCACAUACAGCAGCAAGCCCCCAGAGCUGGCCACCACAUCUGGCUGUGCUGCCCCCGUGGCUGCUCCUGCUACUGCAGCCUCCGCCUCUGCCUCCGCCAGCACCCUGGCCUAUGAGAAGACGGUAGAGCUGCCUCGCCGGGAGAUGCCACCCGCCUCAGUGGGCACGUCUGGAGCUGUGCCCCCUAUGCUCCACUACCCUGUAGCUGGGGCUGGGGCCAGCGAGACCCUGGUGACUGCCAGUGGGACUGACCCAGUCUCUGACAAGAAGAAGGAGGAGGAGCACAACUACUCCCUGUUCCUAACCCGAGCCAGGCUGGCCGGGAAAGCCCUCACGGAGGAGGAGGAGGAGGAGGAAGAGGAGGAGGAGGAGGAAGAGGAGGAGGUGGGGGAGGACGAAGAGGAUGCUGAGGGGGUGGAGCUGGAUGAAGAUCUCGAUGAAGAUCAUGAUGAGGGUUUUGGCAGUGAGCAUGAGCUCUCUGAGAAUGAUGAUGAGGAAGAUGAGGAGGACGAUGAUUAUGAGGGGGAUAAAGAUGAUGACAUGAGCGACGCCUUCUCCGAGCCAGGUAGCCAUAUAUCAGGAUGUGACAAUGACGCGGUGGAGGACGUGAAGGGGCUGACGGCAGGGAUCUCCAGGAAGAGGGGCAAGCGCCGCUACUUCUGGGAGUACAGCGAGCAGCUCACCCCCUCCAAGCAGGAAUGCUUGCUCAAGCCCUCUGAGUGGGACAGGGAGACCCUGCCCAGCAACAUGUACCAGAGGAAUGGCCCACACCACGGGAAGUACACUCUGAAGAAGUCUCGGCGGACAGAUGUGGAGGACUUGACCCCUAACCCUCGCAAGCUGCUGCAGAUCGGGAACGAGCUGCGUAAGCUCAACAAAGUGAUCAGUGAUCUGACCCCGGUCAGCGAGCUGCCCCUCACAGCCCGCCCACGCUCCCGCAAGGAGAAGAACAAACUGGCGUCCAGGGCCUGUCGGCUGAAGAAGAAAGCUCAGUAUGAGGCCAACAAAGUCAAGCUGUGGGGUCUGGGCACAGAAUAUGAUCGGCUUCUGUUUGUCAUCAACACCAUAAAGGAAGAGAUAGUGAACAGAGUGCAGGAUAUCUGCGACGACAAGGGAACUAGCAUGACUGAAACUCUGGACAAACUCAUCCAAGAGACCCUUGUGAAGUCACCAGUUGCCGGGCAGACGUCUGACUUUGUUAACCAGAUCCUAGAGAACACUGGCAAGGGGGAUCCCACUGGAGGACUGGUCGGGCUGCGCGUACCCACGUCUAGAGUGUAGAUGGACCAUGUAGAGGUUUGGUGAUGGCAUACUCAAAGCCAUCCGCGCCAUUCUUGUCCCACACUGUAACGGCUCACCCUCUGCAUGGCCAUUCCAUCCAGGAAUCGCAUCACCAUGCCCUGUGGGAAGACAUACAUACCACGCUCCAAAUGUAUGUAUGUCUUCACACUGUGAGCAUGCGCUGAAAUGAAACUUAGUAUCUAUCUCUGCACUAGUAGUCUGUUACUCGCCAUUUGUGCACAUGGCUAGUGCACGUGGCUAGUGUCUUUAGGGCCGCAGUGUUUGCGAAUUCAAAGCCAAUAUAUGAAAAAUACCUCCCGAAAUGUUUGUUGGAAGAAAAGAAAAAAAUCAAGCAAAACAGAAUGAUUAUCAGUUCUAGCUGUAGCCAUUUCCUGUAGCGUUCAAACGACCCGUUUCAUGCCUGCGUACCUGGGUGGGAAAGGCGACACAGGAUGCCGUUAUAAUUAGAGUGAGACGACGGGACGGCACCAGAUAUUUGCUAUUGAAACCUAAAUAGUAACUUGUCAAUCCCAUGUCCAUGUCACCUUUUACUGAACUGUGCUUCUCAGAUGAAGAAAAAAAUAACUUAAAACAGCCACUGGGUAUUCUAUAGUGUCUACUGUUGUGGAGGUAUAGGGAACGCUUCAUACCUGUUGUCUGCUUUCCCAUUCUAGCACCGUGGCAUUCACAUAGGAGGAGAUGAUGUUACCCAAUACUCUCAACCUGCCAACCGCAUUAUAAGGCAACAAAAACACACACGCACCUGAAUUACUACUAACAUUUAAGAAAGUCUACUUUGACGGAAUGACGCUAAAAAUUAGUAGAAGUUGGGGGGGGAUACACAGGAAUGCAGUGAAAGGUUGUUUUGCGAUUUGGCCUGAUUUUUCAAUUCCAUUGUCCUGUGUUUUUGCAGUUGAGAAGAUAUUUCAAAUAGACUUGAGCAGAAGGCCACUAUAUUCCCAUCCUUUGCAUGGGGAAAUUCUUAGUCAUCUGACUAUAAGCUAGAUGAUGUGAUCAUAACAAACCAUUUCCUCUAUAUACCCUUUGGUUGAAGCGUCUUCAAAUGAAAACGCCAUUGGCUUCUUGCAAAGUAGGGAUGAGAGGGCUAAUAGUUUGAAGUUCCUUAGUUUGGUGUGUUCAUAUUUGUAUUUAAUAACAGUACUGUUCAUUGUGCCUUGUAUUUAAAGUGAGAUGAUUACACAAGUGGUUGAAGGAUAGUGGACCAUUUUACACUGAGGGAGAGCAGAACAUGGUGCAGGGAAGGUCAAGAGGUUUGUAAUGUAUUUCUGCUCUUUCAAGCUAUUCUGAAUGUACAUAUGAACAUGGAACAUGUAGAUAUAUGCCACAGAGUCUGUGCAUUGUAUUAUAAGAUGGCUCUGACAAAAAUGUACUUUGGUUAUCGGUACUUGGACUUUGGGGCAGGGGAAUGGGAAUGGGAGGGUUAAAAAGGAUAUUCGUAUAGAAUUUAAAAAAAAUAUUUGCACACUAUAUUUUGAUUGCUUUUUGUACCAAAGACACAUGCAACGAAAACGGCGACUAGCCAGAUAAAGUAAGGUUUUGCACAGCUUACCUGACACCGUAUUGAAUGUAGGAAAUGUGGUAGGGUCAGGGAUUUUCAUUGAACUGUGAAAUUUGCUUGGGUCCAAUUACGUACUGAAAGAAGCAUUCAUUAACUUUUUCUAAACGUCUCUUGUCAGUUGGCUUCUCAAGUAGAUUAGUUGCUUUAAAAACAUUUGAUAGAUUCCAGACGUUACAUGUAAUACUUCCACUUCUAUUGUGCUUUGGCACGAAGUAGAAAAGAGAUGGAGAACAAUUGCAUAAUACAAUUUUAUUUUGACUGUUUGUCAAAACGUCACAAAUAACCAAAAGGUAUAUCACUUCUAUAAUUUAUGUAGGUGAGACGAAUACACAUACAUAUAUGUCAUAUUAAGUGUUGCCUAUUUAUAGUAAUGUCCAUUCAUGCAUACACAUAUCUAUCUAUUGUGAAUUGCCACUUUUUUUCAAAUUGAUACGUUAAUACGCAUGACACAUUUCUAAGGCCUAUCCUCACAUUCAGAGAAACUU